GGCUCGAAGGAGGCGGCUGAGAGUCACUCAACCCUGAAAUCCUUCAACAUCACUCACGUGCUUAACGUCACUGAGGAGAUCGACAUCCGGUACGAUAAAAAAUUGCGAAUAAAAUCGCUAAAAAUACCUAUUAAGGAUUCGAAUUUUUAUGACAUCGCCAGUCAAUUCGAAGGAGCCUUCAGUUUCAUUGACAAUGCUCUUCUGGGAGAUUCAAAGAAUGCAGUCCUGGUACAUUGUUACUACGGCGUCUCGCGAUCAUCAACCAUCGUCAUAGCUUAUUUGAUGUACAGGGAAGGUCUUUCAUUAGACGAUGCUUACAGAUAUCUACGACACGUCAGGCCAAAAAUCCGUCCAAAUGAUGGCUUCAUGAAGCAGCUACAAAGCUACGACAAACAGCUGUUCGAAGCUGUUCAGCUACUGACUCAAUCACAGUGA